AUGUCCUGCACGCAAUGGCACUGCCGACUACUAGAUUUCAAGAAGAACGAUCGCGUGUUGCUCACCAUCGAAUCUCGAAUUUGGGUGAAAACCUUGGUGGAAGAGGCUUUUUACGACGCGAGUAUUUCGUCGAUUGCCGUAGCCCAGGUGAAAAAGUUGCCUUACAAGCAUCCAGACAUCGAUCUGCCAGUGCGAUACGCCAUCGUAAGCACUCUGGUCAGCCCGAAAGAUCUGGGGAAAGUCAGUCGUGGCGUGCCUUACUGGCUAAUUUUCGUCGCUGUGUUAGCCGGACUCACUUGCCUCAUACUGCUGAGUCUACUUCUUUGGAAGCUGGGCUUCUUUAAACGCAAGCGACCUCCACGUGGACAAGCACUGCUGUCGAAACCGCCCGAAGCUGAACAUUACGGUUACAGUAGCUAUAGCGUGCCUGCUCACGGAUAUACGACCUAUUCGAAUCCACAAUAUAGGCAGAAGUUGUUAUAA